CCGGGCCCCCGGGGAUGGCCGCGGCUGCGCUCCGCCAGCAGGUGGCCCCGGGGUCCCGGCGGCGCCGCCUCCUCCCGGUGCCCCUCCUCCCGCGGGGGCGGUCAGCGCCCCGACCCGGUUCGCACCCCGUCGCUGCCGCCGCCGCCGCCUUCAACCCGCCUGCUGCCGGACCGCCGCGUCCCCAGGGCCGCGCUCGCCGCCGCCACCGCCGGGUCCCGAGCUGCGCCCAGGCCGGCCGGCGGCGACAUCCCGGGGCGCCCGCCGCCCCGGCCCGCCUUCCCCGCCCCCAACUCGCUCCCCAACGGAAAGUUCGGCUCCGGCCGGGUUUUCCCAGAAGCCAGGAAGGAACCAGGGUCGGGGGGCUUGUGGAGGGGACCCGGGGGGCGUACGGGAGGGGGCAACUUCUCCCGGGAAAGCGCCUCCUGCCGAGCUCGGCGCGCCGCAGCCCCCGAGAGGGUUCGAGGUGGUUCUUCCCUUCCCUUGGCCUCCCCCCUGCGGAUUCCACAGACGGACCUUGGUCCCGGCGCUCCCGCUGCCGGGUGACAAGAGCCCGAGCCGCUGCUACCGCCGCCUCGGCCGCCCCCGGCCGCAGCCCUUCCUACAGCACCAUGGAGUUCUCCGAGAGGAAAAGGAGCAGGAAAUCCCAGAGCUUCAAACUGGUGAGCGGAGAUUAUCACCAUGAGAUAUAUAAACUGUCAGAAUUCAGCAAUGAUGUCAAUGGGGAGGCCAAAGAGACACACCCCAUGUUUUUAGGAGGUGAAAGCAUGGAAAUUAAAAAACAAAUCACAGGAAUGAGAAGGUUACUGAAUGAUAGCACUGGGAGGAUCUAUCAGCGUGUUGGCAAGGAAGGCGAAAAAUUAAAAGAAGAACCCCAGGAUUUGGACUCCAUCUGGCCCCAGCGUUUGAACUCUGCUGAGGCCCCACAGAGCCUCCACCCUUCUCGGGGUGCGUGGAAUGAGUUCCCAGCCCAGAGCGGGCAGCUCUCAGGGCAGUCUGGCCCCCGCGCUAGAGCCUUCCAGAGUCAGCCCCACACUGCUGGGAGCUCCAACGGAGAACUUCCAGUGUUGAAUUCGUCAGCUGGAUCAAACUGCUGUACCUGUAACUGCCAAUCAACAUUGCAGGCCAUUCUCCAAGAACUCAAGACCAUGCGGAAAUUAAUGCAAAUUCAAGCAGUUGGAACCCAAAACAGACAACAACCCCCAAUUUCCCUUAUAUGCUCCCAGCGAACUGCUGUCUCACGCAAGAGAAAUAAAAAGAAAAAAGUGCCCUCUAAGACUGUUGAACCUCUUACUGUGAAACAGAAGCCCAGUGUGUUAGAGACUGAGAAGAAGACCGCUGUGGCCUCAGAGCAGCCUGCCCUCCAGGCGGCUGAGCACACCUCCGCCUCGGAGAACCACGUCCUGGGAUUUGGCAUUGUUCUGGAAUCGCCUUCCUCAGAUCCAGAAGUGCAACUUGCUGAAGGCUUUGAUGUGUUUAUGCCUAAAUCUCAGCUGGACUCUAUAUUGUCAAACUACACUCGCUCAGGAAGCCUUCUGUUUAGAAAACUGGUGUGUGCAUUUUUUGAUGACAAGACUUUGGCUAACUCCUUACCCAAUGGGAAGAGGAAAAGAGGACUGAAUGACAACCGGAAAGGACUAGACCAAAAUAUUGUGGGUGCAAUAAAAGUCUUUACAGAAAAGUACUGUACUGCUAAUCACGUGGAUAAACUUCCUGGCCCGAGAGACUGGGUACAGAUUCUACAGGAUCAAAUUAAACUGGCCAGAAGAAGGUUAAAAAGAGGCUCAGCAGAGGUAGCUGACGGUGAUGAAAGACUGGAUGGCAUCUCUCUACCACCAACAGGUAAAACACAUUUACAUUUUCAUCACCGGCUGGAAAACACAGCACAGGAAAAUAUUUGCAUUGAAAAUGUUAGCAUUAGAGAUGCAGAUGCUUGAGUAAAUGCUCCUCUAACAGACCCAGGUCAUCAGAGGUCCUCAGUGCCCUUUGUUCAGACAUAUUUUUCACACUGAAUGUGAAAAGCUACAUUUUUCUCACACAGUUUUAUAUUCUUAAAAACCUCGGAAUAGCAAGUCCUAAGGAUUUAGUGUCAUAAGAUUUUGCCUCCCCAAACCUCUCUGUACAUUAAAAAAUAUUUUAAUGUGAUAUGGCAUUUCUUUUUAGAACAAAGGCCACCAAUUUUAUGAUGAAAUUCAUGUCCAUUCUGUCCUUUCCCACCUGCCCCAACGGGCAUUGAGAGGCAGUCAGUCAUCCCCCUUCACACAGUGGGCACCCAGGGAAUACUGCGUUCUAGUUGAGUGACUGGACAGGCCAAGCCAUCUGGCAUGGGUGGCACAUUAUUAAUGUUAUAACCAGGUCCCCCCGGUGCAACAUUUCACUGAAGCAUCUACUAUAAUGUUAAGCCAUAGAAUCAGUGUGACUUCACAUUAUUUAACUCUCAAGUGAUAUACUUCUGACUCUCGCCUCCUGCCUCUUCUCCCAUUCUUGCCUGAGAGCCAGAGGGACAGAUUUCUGAUCACGGAGCCGUGUGGCAAACAGUUUAUUCCCUCAGUUGGCCUCAAAACUCUUUAUUGACCACCCUCAAACCUAGAUGCCAAAAAACCUCCUAGGGGAAAAAGCUCAACUCAGUGUUUUCUCCUCUAGAUUUGGGCUGCUGAGUUUUCAAUGGAAAUCAGCAAAUAUGAAUGGAGCAGCUAGUCUGUGUAGGCACGCUCCUGGGUCGUGUGUGCACUGAUGGCCCUCACCCUGAGAUGGCAAGUGAAGCACAGUGCUGUGGUGUAGGGCAGACGUAUGUCAGUGAACUUCAGAGCAACGAGAAAGCUCAGCCAUGUAAAUGAUACAGUGCUUUCUGUCACUGUGGCUGAGCAUCAGAUUGAGGGACGAGUGAAAAAAGGAUCUGCUUAUAUCAAGUGUACUAUACACAGUCAUUAUAUAAAGGGAUUUCUCUUCUUGUUCAGCUAUGUGUCCACAUAAUUGAAAUGCAUGAUCUCUACUGUUCUUUCCCAUUCUGUCCUCCGAAUAUCAGGACAACUCAUAUUAGCCGUGUGCCUUUCACCCCUGGCCCAUUCCCAGGAGACACAUGAAAUACAACUGAUAAUGGAACUGUGCACUUCAGGGGGCCACUGGGAGGAAUAUCAUGCUGCUCUGGUUGUGCUCUCCAGCGUUACUCCCCUCCAGCCUGUUGCCCCAGGACAUUUGCACUGCCUGUCCUCACUGUCAUCUGACACCGUGGGCUUUUAAAAAUUAUUAUAGGAAGCCCAUUGCCCUUUGCAUUUUCCUGUCUGAGGAUGGAGCCAAAGAGACAUUUCAGAUGAGAAAAUUGAAUGUGGGAUGGUAGAACAACACCAUGGAACUGAAAAGAAUUUCAAGGAAUAUGAGUAUGAAGGAACAUUAGAGAUCAUCUAGUCCCAUACUUCUUUUUACCCAGUCCUUUUAUUUUACAGGUAAAAAAGCCUGAGGCCCAGAAACACCACGUGACUUUCUCAAGGUCUCACAGCUGGUUGGUGGCCUGCCCAGAGGCCAGGCCUCUCGCCUGCUCAUCGUUACACCGCGUAGCUUUCUUACACCUAAGCCAAAGCCAGCUUUUCUCUGCAUGUUUCUUAAAGAUCCCAAGAGUUGAUGAUGUACUAAUCCCUGUAGGAUUCCAUCUCACUGUCUCACAGUCUCCACAGCUAGAAGGCCCAUCGUAAGUCCCCCUGAAGUCCACUGCACUUUCAAACUCAUGUAAUUCUUUCUCGAAUGUUGCCCAGGGCUGUGAGGUUGUAAUGAAGACAGGAGUAGAAUGGCCCUGCGGGUCCUUUCACUAGACUCUUAAUAGAUGUUUGGCACAAAUGACUAAACAGUGAGAUAAUACUGUUUAUCAUUUAGAAAAGGGGAAAAGAAUUUCCAGGUUGGUGCCCCAAAUUUGCAAUAAUGAAAUUAAAUCUUGAUUAGAAUAGCCUGUCUCUUGACUGUCGCCCAAUCUGGUGGCUCCUCUGGACUCUAAGCUACUACUGAUCCCUCCCUCCUUGCGUGCACCCCAGGGAGACUAAGAGGUGAACUCCACCUUUCUUAUACAAGGAACUUCAUCCUGAGAUUUGAGAUUUACUGGCCAGACCUUCUUUGUACAUUAAUCUGAGCUGACAACAGCUGGUCCUCUCUAAAGAUUUAACAAUGCCUUGAUUAACUUUAGGUCUUUUUUCCCUUCCAAAUUCACAGGUACUGAGGAGGGUGGGGGAGAGGUGUAAAUCCUUAGUAUUUCUAUGAACCAGAAUCAGGCAAGUCAGGGUUACAGUCUGGCAGUCAAAUGACAUUUGUCUCAAUUCAUUACAUUUAAGCAAACUUCUGUGUCUAGUCUUAA